CAACGUAAUGUAUCACGCUGGACAUCCAGUGUCGUUGCUUUCCAGCGUUUCAGCCUUGUCAAAUAACCUGAGCGCUGUUGUUUUGAGUGACAAAAGAAGUAUAGAGUUUACUGCUGCACACAAGUCUGUUGUGCAUGUGGCACAGUGGACAGCGGGUCAUGCGACAAGCAAGCAGUUCUCACCCGAGGAACAGUCGUCUAGCAGCAUAGGACACAUAGUUCAGGUAUCCUGGUGUACUAUGCAUUCAAGUAGAAACAUCUUAGUUGUAACAACCACAAGAGGAUUGCAGAUGUAUGACAAGGACGGUCUGCUGCUUUUAUUUUCACACAGAUUACUUCCUCUCGAAGAUCAAUCAGAGACUAGCUUUGCCAGAGGGAUUUGUAGUGUGGGAGACAACGUAUGUAUAGGAACAUCAACAGGGGACAUUAUCGUAUUUAGUGUGCCAGCCACAGGAAAUCUCAUAACUCAUGUAAGGACAUUGAAGUAUCACAAUCACCCAGUAUGUGCCAUCCAUUCUAUUCAAAGUGGACUCAUCGCAAGCUCAGAUGACAAUGGAAAAAUUGUGGUAUGGGAUUCGAUAUCAAACUUUGAAAGAGUAGAAUCAACUGGUGAAUAUGGAGUACCUUGUACUUCUGUAUGUUUGUGGAACAAUUUAGUAGUUGGUGGCUAUGGGAGUGGGCACAUUCGAAUUUUCUCAACUGAAACAGGAAAAAUCAGGGCAGAGAUUGCAGCACAUGCUCGAUGGAUUCAUGCUCUUGAUGUAGCCUCAGAAACUGGCCUGUUAAUUUCAUGCUCCGAAGACACACUUGUUAGGGUCUGGAAGCUCCCUCGUGUUGGAGAAGCAGAGGUACAUAUGCUGUAUUCAGAAUCUAUUACUGACGUUCAGCUUGUGGGAGCUCAGUUCUGUGACAAGCAAGGCAGCAUGUUUGCCAUUUCUGGCUACGAUCUGGGAGAGAUUCGAAUCUUUAAGAAAUGACACAAGUUAAAGCCAUCAA